ACCGAGCUGAAGCGGCGCAUCUUCGAGUCCCCGCGGCAGGAGGGGCGCCAGCGCCACAUCGAGGACGCCCUGGGCAUCCGCAGCCUGGAGUUCGGCGGCGACUGCGCCGCCGGCCUGCGGGUGGACCCCGGCGGCCUCCUCGCGGCCGCAAGGGAGCCAGAACUUGUCGUGGAUGAUGUAGACCGGUAUGAGGCCGAUCACGGUGGAGAUUGGCUACCAGCUGUCAUCCGAAGCAUCUUGGACGACGGAAAUGUCACGGUGGAGCUGUAUGCCCCUGGCAGCUUCUGGAGUGAGAUGCUCAAUCGCAGUGGACCCUUCACAGUACCAGCCUCGAGCAUUCGGCCCCGGCAGUGGGAGGUGUACCGGGGCGAGGUGCUGCGCAUCCCCGACCACGAGGUGCUCACGCUGCACGCCGGGCAGCAGCUCUGGGUGAAGCCCCGCGGCCCCGGCCACGACGAGCCGGCUGGCCGGCUCGUCGCCGGCGUCGGCUCUGGCGUGCGCUGCCAAGGCGGCACCGUCGAGAACGAGGGGGUCCUGGAGUGCAUCGUGAGCCUUCAGCACCCCCAGCACGGCGUCAGGCGCUACAGGGUCGAGAUCGAGAGCAUCAAGACGCUGCUGGCCUCUUUGCAGGGCCCGCCUGGGCCGCUGGAGCUCUCCGUGUGA